GAAGUUUAUGUUUGUAACACCAUAGCUGUGCACCUUACAAUUGUGUUCCCCUUCCCCGCCGUCAUAACAGAGAGCGGGGACCAUGAAGAUGUCGGGCUGCGGCCCUUCCCUGCUGCGGGAGCUGUUGAGCUCUGAGCCGACGUGGAAGGACGAUGAGGUGUGCGUGGUUGGGGUGUUCGGGAAGACGGCUCUGCUCCAAGGCGGCUGGGACAAAGGCUGCCUGGUGAACUCCCUGUGUGACCGGCAUGUCUUUCCGCUGUUCCAGCAGCUGCCAGAGCAGGCCCGGGAGCGGAGCGUCUUCCAGACAUACUACGAGCAGGAGUCCCAAGUGCUGUACUUGGUGCUGACUGGCAUCAGUGACACAGGGCAGCUGGUGAGGGCAUGCGAGGAGCUGGGGCGCGGGGUGUCCCAUGCUGAGGCCCACGAGUGGUGGAAGGACGAGGAGAAGCUGCACUGUAUGCACAUGCUCUACCUCUUCUCUGUGUGCCACCUCCUGCUGCUCCUGCACCCUGCCUGCUGCUUUGACAUUGCCUAUGAGAAGCUGUUCCGGGCACUGGACAGUGUGCGUCAGAAGCUUCUGCCCUCCCUGAAGCCAGCACUGAAGGAGUGCCCCGUGGGACUAGAGUGGAAGCUUAAUGCCCGGCCUUGUCCACCACGGCUGCUGUUUGUUUUCCAGCUGAAUGGAGCUCUACGAGGAGUGGAGCCCAGCCGUGGUGCGGGACAGACAGCUGUAGAGAAGCCCAAGAAGCAUUCACCCAAGAGAAGGCUGCAGCAUGCACUGGAGGACCAGAUCUACCGAAUCUUCCGCAAGAGCCGGGUUCUUACCAACCAAAGCAUCAACUGCUUGUUUACUGUGCCCGCCAACCAGGCCUUUGUGUAUAUUGUGGCUGAGCAGGAUGAUGACCCGGUGGGUAUGUUGCUGGAUGGCCUGCGGCAGAACUGCAUGGUUAGAGAUGUGGAGCCCAGUAUUGGAAGUAUCUCGGGGCCCCGGCGCUACCAUAUGAUGAGGCACAGCCGACAGCAGCUGACCUUUACAGCAGAGAGCACCUCUUGGGUCUCUGGGCAGCUGGUGGACUGCACCCUGCGUGAGUUUCUCUUCCAGCAUGUGGAGCUGGUGCUCACAAAGAAGGGCUUUGAUGAUAGCGUUGGCAGGAACCCACAGCCCUCCCACUUUGAACUGCCCACCUAUCAGAAAUGGGCCAAUGUGGCCCUGAAGCUUUAUGAGGUGAUCAUAGAGAAUAAGGACGACGACCCUCCAGCCUUCCCAGGGGGCUAUCCCCCAAAGCUGCUGGCUAACAUGAAGGUACUGGAAGGCUAUUUGGAUGCAGAUACUAAGUUUUCAGAAAACCGGUGUCAGAAAGCUCUACCAAUGGCACAUAGUGCCUACCAAUCCAACCUGCCCCAUAACUACACCACCACAGUUCAUAAAAACCAGCUGGCACAAGCACUAAGGGUGUACAGCCAGCAUGCUCGAGGGCCAGCAUUCCAGAAAUAUGCCAUACACCUUAAUGAAGAUUGCUACAAAUUCUGGAGCAGCGGCCACCAGCUUUGUGAGGAAAGGAGUCUAACAGAUCAGCACUGUGUACACAAAUUUCACUUGCUUCCAAAACCAGGUGAAAAAAUUGAGCCAGAUAGAAAUCCUCCCAUCCUGUACCAUAACAGCCGUGCAAGGUCUACAGGAAACUGUAACUGUGGAAGAAAGCAGGCACCUCGUGAGGACCCGUUUGACAUCAAGAGUGCGAAUUAUGAUUUCUACCAGAUGCUUGAAGAGAAAUGCUGUGGAAAACUUGAUCACAUAAAUUUUCCAGUAUUUGAGCCAAGCACACCCGACCCUGCUCCUGCCAAGAAUGAGGCACCUUCUACUUCUCAAGAAGGGGAUGUGGAAGUAGAGAAGUUGAAGGAUAAGGAACCUCAAACACAGGGUGAAAGUACUAGUCUAAGCCUUGCACUUAGUCUGGGCCAGUCUUCAGAUAGUCUUGGAACAUACCCAGCUGACCCCCAAGCAGGAGGAGAUAAUGUUGAUGCUCCUGGACAUAGUACAGAGGAGAAGGCUGAAAAAAGGCCCAGUUUAGUGGAUCGACAAGCAUCCACUGUCGAAUACCUCCCUGGUAUGAUGCAUUCAAACUGUCUUAAGGGCCUUCUUCCUAAAUUUUCAAGCUGGUCACUAGUAAAACUUGGCCCUGCCAAAUCUUACAACUUUCACACAGGAUUAGAUCAAUCUGGAUUUAUCCCAGGGACCAACUAUCUGAUGCCAUGGGACAUUGUUAUCCGAACAAAACCAGAAGAUGAAGGGGACCUAGACACCAAUUCUUGGCCCGCUCCUAAUAAGUCUGUACCUGGUAAAAGAAGUGGAGCCGUAACAGGAAGAGGUCGUAGAAGGGAUGAUAUUGCAAGAGCAUUUGUUGGUUUUGAGUAUGAGGAUUCACGAGGGCGCAGAUUUAUGUGCUCGGGACCAGAUAAAAUGAUGAAAGUUCUUGGCAAUGGACCUAAGGAAUCGGCAGUUAAAGCCCUCAACACUGACAUGCCUCUGUACAUGUUGUCACCAUCUCAAGGGCGAGGACUUAAACCGCAUUAUGCACAGCUUAUGAGACUGUUUGUUGUGGUUCCUGAUGUUCCUUUACAAAUUGUAAUGACCCCUCAGGUGCAGCCAGGACCACCUCCAUGCCCUGUAUUUUAUCCUGAAAAGCAGGAUAUUAUUCUGCCCGCUGACGGAUUAUGGGUUUUAAGAUUCCCCUUCUCCUAUGUAAUGGAACGAGGACCUUGUUACCCCCCAAAAGAAAAUCAGCAACUGAUCAGCUACAAAGUAAUGAGAGGGAUAUUAAAGGCGGUCCCUCUAUAGUACACCUUCUAUUGCUUUACAGCAGUUUUGUUUUUUUUACUUCAGGAUAGAUGGCAUUUUAUAUAAUUGUAUAGUCCAUUAUAAUAUUGGCUGAUUCCAAAUCCUGAUAACAGGAGAAGAGGUUCCAUUCUUUUGUUAUGUUGUCUGGGCAUAUUUCAUUUUUGCCAUUUACCAUUAUGUAUUGUAUGUACAGCUACAUAAUUUAAUGAACUGAAACAGACAUUGCUGUCUUCAACUGUGGGGACCCUGGGCAGGGAGGGGGUGAUAUCCAUUAGUGUUAUACUUGGACUGUGGUCUUCGGACAAGGCUCUUGCCUUGCAGGAACAAGACACUAUAUUGCCUUGUAAAAUGCUGGGCAACAUGACUUCAACCAAACAGAUUCUAUUAAAGUCAAUGAGGCCCGUUGGACGCCAUUGGUGUCCGGUGUGGAGUGGAUACGGCACGUACAUUUAUUUUUUUUAAUUGUUCUGCUCCUAUGAGCAGGACAGCAGGAAAAUGUGUGCGCAUGUGAACCUAGCCUAAGGUUCCUUUUACCUUUUCAUAAAUCUGAUUUUCAAAACCGUGUCCAAAGCUGGAUUAUCUUUUUAUUCUUGCUAUUGUAGGCCACCCAAAAAGUUGUUAUAAGCAGACUAUUUAUAGUAAGGCUUAUUCACCUUCUGGUCAAGUAUAAUGUGGCGACAAAAGAGGGGAUAACUGUAGAGUAAAAAAAAAAGACUGGCUCCCAAACAUUAAAGGGGUAUUCCAGGCAAAACCUUUUUUUAUAUAUAUCAACUGGCUCCGGAAAGUUAAACAGAUUUGUACAUUACUUCUAUUAAAAAAUCUUAAUCCUUCCAUUAGUUAUUAGCUUCUGAAGUUUUCUGUCUAACUGCUCAAUGAUGAUGUCACGUCCCGGGAGUUGUGCAUGAUGGGAGAAUAUUCCCAUAGGAGCUGCACGGCUCCCGGGACGUGAGUCAUCAGAGAGCAGUCAGACAGAAAACAACAACUCAACUUCAGAAGCUAAUAACUAUUGGAAGGAUUAAGAUUUUUUAAUAGAA